AUGCACUGGUAUGAAGCGAUUGUUGGCUACGAUGGAAUGCCCCCCAGCGGACACAGUCAACAUUCUCCAUCCGACGAACGGCCCCAUCGCCUCGGUAUCCACAUCAGCGACACUGCCAUUGAAUGCGCGUGGAAGGUCCUAGACGCAUUGGAUGAUGAUGAGCAAGACUCAAACUACACAGCGACCGCGAGUAACGAUUCCUUGAUUCCCCUCUGGCUUCCACUGGUUGUGUUUUAUGCAGGCCUCGCGGUAUGGGCUCGCAUGCAAGAAGAUCAAGACCGAGGAGUUCUCAAAGGAGCCCAGAAUUCAGUAUCCGCUCGUCGCCGGCUUUUGCGAUCGUUUCAAAAUGAACUACGGAGGAUUGGGAAACAGUAUAAAAGUGCCUCGCGAAUGGCGGACGUCAUUAAGAACUUAUGUCCUUAA